GCAUCCUCUGCCUAUGCUAUUGCGCCACCGGCACCAGUUGCAUUUAGGAUACAGCACUUGGCACGAGAUCUGAAGCGGCGUUCUUGGUUUCGCCGUAGGUGCAGUGCAUUGAAGCCGCGAUUCCUGUAGUGAAUAGAGUUCCUCCCGCCCGUUGCUUGGAGCGUUGGUCCAACACAUCACGUGCUGCUGCUCACAUUCAUAUCCGCCAAGCCUUCCAUUGCUCCGUCGUUAACUGGGGCUGGGUCUUCGUUCGCUCAAGUCAACUCCUCUGCAAUUGCACCCAGCGCCGCGAAGACCGCGAUGCCACUAGCCAACCAGCGUGAGAUUUGAAGCACGGGAUUCGCGCCACCGGUAGUGCAUUGUUUUAGCUCAUCAGAUCCGUUGGGGGCAGUCACAUGACUCACAUCUCUGUGUGUAUUUUUUUUCAUUCAGACAAGCUUCAGUAACUACAUUAGUUUCGCCCAAGCCACCACUUAAGUAACACAAGCAGCUAGCGGCUCGACAAACUUCCAAUGGCCACUGGAGUCGGCCAUGAGCACGAGACAAGCAGGAACAUGGAGUAUAUAUUAGUGGUGCAGCGGAAAGUCUCCAUCUCCAAACCCCAAUGACUAGAUUAUUUCCCACUGGCACCUAAUUAAAAUUACGACACAUAACACCAAAUCUGAAGCCAGAUCCAAACACUUAGUUGUUAGCGAUCACUAUUUUAGUUUGAUUUCAAUCCCAUCCGUUGGGGUACUUGGCUUGGAGCUGCUCCCUUAUCUCUCUAUAUAUUCCCCUCCUUCUGCACUCCCCUCUACUCCACAGCUCUCACAUCUAUUACCUGCCGUCCCUCUGCUCCCAACUCCCACCAGCAUUCCACCGCCGCGUCUCCAAAGCUCUCACAUCUGUUACCGGUUCUCCUCGGGCAGCAACGGUUCAGUAGCAGCAGUUCUGGCGACAACUGCAUCUGUAAAGUUGCCAUCCAGACAGCCCGGUGGGAGCACGACCAGCCCGCCUCUGAAACAUCCAUAGCAACCGUUUGAUGGAGACGGCUGGGAUACACGCAGCAACGUGGGUGGUCGGCAAGGCGCUGAGUCCACUAUCUGGCGGCGUGCUGGAGGCGUGGGCAGCCAGCACCAACCUCGGACAAAACAUAGAGGCCCUAAAGCUGGAGCUUUUGCAGGCGCAGGGGAUGCUGAACAAUGCCGGUGGCAGGGAGAUCCACAACCCCGCCCUGGCUGAGCUGCUGAGCAAGCUGCGGCAGCUGGCAUACGGGGCCGAUGACGUGCUGGAUGAACUCGACUACUUUCGCAUCCAGGAUGAGCUCGACGGCACUUACCAUGCUGCCGAUGUGCAUGCUUCUGGCUGUGUCCAAGACUUCGCCCUUAAUGCUCGCCACACGGCCAGAGCUUGUGUGAAUAAACUCAAGUUUCCUGUGUGCAUGUGUGCUGCCAGGCGCGAUGGUCCUGAUGAUGGUGUCAAACAAGGAUGCCUCUCCGGCCUCCACUUUUGUGGUGGCCGGCAUGAAAUUAACUCCUCACCACCAUCACCUGCCAACCAACUGGGUGUCCAGAAAGUUCACGGUGGAUGCAUGCAGAAGGCUGCCCAAAAUGUAGCCAUCAAGUCGCUGCCCAAGAAUGGCCUUUCAAGUUCGAUGCUGGAGUUACAUGUCAAUGGCGGCAACAGCGAGGAAUUAAAAAGGGCGUGCCACAAGCUAAUAGGAACCAUACCGAUAGUCAGAGUCACAGUCUGACCACUCCAAGGAGUUGUACAUUCUCUAAGCCUUACAGAAUCCACUCCAUCCAGUGAAGUUGGAACGUAAAGGUUCUUGUGUGGUAUCUCCAUCUUAUCAAUAAAUCCAUAAAUCCGGUAUUCUCAUGUUUGUUCUGGUUCAUUUCUAGAUAAGUGCCAUUUACAUCUUGGUCGUCACUCAUAGAGACCUGCUAGUGCACUUGGCUUGUUUGGCUGUGAGGGUCAAAAUAUCACCACAUAAUGGUGGACGAAAUGAGACUCCGUGUUGCUACUAAAAUAAAGGAACUUUACAAGAAUACCCUUCGUAUCAUCUCAGUACUUGGGUGGAGCCAGUUCAGACCUCGGGCUGUUAUUUCAGUUCAGUUCCAAACUUCCAGGCUCAACUAUGGUUCUUGAUAGAUGUGGCCUGUCGUACAAUUUUGGACAUUAACAAUGUACUAGCUAGGAACAUUUCUGUGUGAAGGUACAACUCUUGUUUGUGCCUUCGAGGGAAGGUUAGUGAACCCCUGCUGAAAUCCAUGAUUGCUUUAGCUAUGCUAGAUUGUAUUCAAUGUGCAAGUGUCAAACUGUUAUCCCCUCAUGAGAGCUAGGUUAGAGAACUUGCUGCAUUCUUCUAAGUUGGUAGUCUAGCUUUUGAGCACACUAAUAAUCUCUGUAUUCAUUGCCACACUAAAUUAAAUAACAUAGAGUGUUCAGUUGAUACAUAUAGUCGUAAACGUAGAGAACACUUGUUACUAGGGGAUUGAUGAACAUUGAUUGAGCAAAAUGGCUUGAGUUUGCUAAUUUUUAUUCAUUGAACUUCAUGAGUUAAGUAUGGAGAAGGUGAUUUUAUUCUCUUAUUGAUCGAGGGUAUUUUUUCUAUCCCACCAAUGCCAAAAACGGAGCAGAAUUCAUGAGCCUUGAUUAUUGCAAUCUGAAUACUUAGUGUGUAUUGUUAAGUUUGAUGUUCCUCUAGUGUGAAGUCUUUCAAUGCCAGUCAUUCUUUUUGCGUAACUUAAUUUUUGCUAGCCUCUUCGACACUCAGCAUUGCAUUCCUUCAUUAGGAUAUUGCAUACUCAGCUGGUGUACAUAUACAAAUCCCAGAAAUUAAACCAUUUCUUCCAUUGUGUUCACACCAUACCUACCUAUAUAGCACACCUCUUGCUACUCCAUAGUAGUUGAUUUUUCCAUAAGCACACUCAUCAAGUUCAAGAAGACUCAAAAGUGCAUUAGUGUCACUAACCCUGCAAAUUUCAUCAUUAUGAACCCUUCACAUUGAUGCCUUCUACAACCAAAAAAGGGAAAAAAAAGAAGAAAAAAGAGAGAAGGAAACAGGGGCUCCAUUCAAAAGAUCAAAAUGUUCAUCCUCAAGCAGGAAGAAAUAGUCAGCGGUGCUACCGUAUUCAUUGGUAGAAUGGCUAAUCAAAUUACUACCUAUGCGGAAGGUAUCAUUAACAGGAACAUCACUCCCAUCCUGGGAUCACCUUACAUUGCAUCGGCCUCUCAAUCAUUUCUUUGGCGUGAGUCCAUUUCCUCCCACGUUCCCUGGGGAUUUUUUUUCCCAAUGACUGGCAUGUGAAGACUUCUUUGUACUGGAGUUGAACUCUUAUUUACCUUUAUAAUCUAGAUUUCAGUUUUGCUCAUUAUUUAAAUUACCCUACCAAGCUCCAGAUAAGCUUUCCACAAAUAUAAAGUAGAUAGGAAACACUUCGGCCACUGGCCAGUGACGAAUAUCACUAGGUAAUUAUGUGAUGAGAGUAAUUCCGGAUCAUGACGAGGUAAUUUCACUAGAUACCUGCUCAUGGAAGGUUCACAAAGGAAUAAAACUGUUGGCUGCUCUUGUUUUCUUUUGUUCUUGACAUUGAAGUCAAAUCUCCUAGUGACUUGUGUUCAAAAACUUGAUUGCUAUAUUGUUGAUGCUGUUCACUCUCAUAAAAUAGAACCCACUCCGUACUGGCAAUGAAUAGGAGUUACUGUUUAAGCUCGUGCUCAAUUGUUAGUCUGCUACUUCGAUAAAUUCGUGGCAAGUUUCUCUCCAUCCGAGGUUCAUGAGGAUUUGAAUAAUAGUUUGCACAUGAGCACUUGUUUGCGAUCUAUCUAUGCUAAGCUUUCAGGUAUUUUGCAAGCACGUGGGCAAAGUUGAGUCAGGAGCCUAAAUCCUGUAAAGCGAUCUGGUCUUCAAUUUAAUGUGAUUUGAGACUUUGUUUCUCGGGAAGAAUCAACAAGGAGAAGCUUGAGAUGAA